AUGGACGACGAGGAAGGCCAAACCCAGCCGCUCCUUGGAAGCAGGCGGACCUUUACUUCGUUUACCCACGAGAAUCUGCAGGGUUUGAUUUCGCCGUCGACCGACUCUUCCAUCGAUAAGAGCCGCCGCCAGACUCAGCGCUUCUUGACUUCCAAAGUUGGACACUAUGCUGUCUUGGCGCUGGUAGCUGCCGAUGUGACGUGUAUCUUCAUCGACUUUGUCAUCCAACUGUUCGUAUGCGAAAGUCACAAAUCGAACACGGGCUGGAAUGAUGCUCUGGACGCUCUUGGCAUCGUUAGUCUGGUCUUCUCGUGCCUCUUCAUGGCUGAAUUGCUCGCUGCCGUCUGGGCCUUCGGCCUUGCUUAUUUCAAGUCCAAGUUCCACUGCCUCGAUGCUGUUGUCAUUAUUGCCUCGUUUGCCGUCGACCUGCUCCUUCGCGGCCCGCUUGAGGAAGUCGCGACUCUCGUCAUUGUCCUUCGUCUGUGGCGUGUCUUCAAGAUCAUCGAAGAGCUCACGGCUGGUGCAAAGGACCAAAUGGAACGCCUGCAAGAACAGAUCGAGUCACUUCAAGAGGAGAAUGCUAAUUUGAGGGAGGAAGUGAGAAAGCUCAGAGUGGAUUAG